UGGUUGUCUGGUGUUUGUCCGCCAUUUUGUUUUUGGUUGAAGUCACCGGACGCUGAUGCAGUUUAACAAUAUUUAAAAGGUUGAUUUUAAUUUUACGACCCACUUUUGUUUUAAACUAAAUAUUUCAAGACAAUUGUUGGUAUCCAUAUUUUAUAACUUACCGGUGUCCGGUGUUAAACAAAGAAACAUGAAUCGUAAUAGUAUGAUGCGUGGACGUGGUCGUGGUCGCGGUGGAGCCAUCAAUCCCUUUGUACCAGGUCAUACGCGUAAUUUGGAGACUGAGAUGGAAAUAUUGCAGAGAAAACAAGAUGCUUUGCAAUAUGAACAGCAGAGGCUUGCUAAUGAACGACUCAACAUUAGGAAGAGGCCGUUUGAAAGUGAUCAACCCUCCCGGAGUUUACCAUAUUACCAAACCAAAAGCAGCGUUCAAAACUUUGCCCAUCUUUAUGAUGGUGGUUCUGAGCGUAGCUAUGGCGGUACACAACCGAAAAGACGUCCCCCAAUCAAUGUGUGGGAUGAGGAUAGGUUCAUUGUCAACCAAAGCUCUGUUCCUCAGCACCAUGGAUCUUAUGUCCCUCCGAUUCCUCAAAUCAGAGCUCAGCCGAUGCCUCUCAUGGGUGUCGUGCCCAACCCAGUAGUUCGCCAAAUGGUAGAUAUGGCCCCCAAGAGGGUCAGAUCUAAGUUUUACAGUACACAACUUAACUCUGCUCCCGCACAAGUGAAGAAAACGCCAAUUCCAAAACCUGUGCAUUUUCCAAUUUUACGCGCCACUGAAGAACCUAGUAAACAACAGUGUGGUCGGUUAGGGUUAGCUUUGGGCUUCAUUGUAAAGAAAAUGAAGAACGAAUAUUGUGUUGAUGAAGAAACUACCGCGUUUUUCAAUACUAAACAUAUGCAACGCUAUAUAAGGAAAACAAUUCGUGAACGGCUGAUGUCUCUAAUGCUCAACAGAGCGGUAGGAAAGCCUGACGAUAUAGUGGCUGCAUAUCGCGAGGCAUACCCUCUACAUACUGACAAGCAUAUUUUGGAUAAUGCCAAUGUCACUGCAGAUUUCGACAGUUAUUUGACAUCAAAUAUUACCAAAAUCAUGUCAGAUAAAUUGGAUGAGUUAUUGGAUAAGAUGAAACAAUUGUGUGAGGGAAAAGAUGUUGAAGUUAGAAAAUUAAUACAGCCACUAAUCAAUGCCUCUGGUGAUGAAAAAACGGAAACAAAUAGAGAUGUUAAAUUAACACAAGAAUUUAUGAAUUCAUUGACAACUGUAUUGAUUGAAGAAAAUUUACCUCAAGUUCUGCCUAAAUUUACUCAGAAAAUUAUAAACAUGUUAGAUCUUGAAUCUGAAAUCACUACUUUCAUAACUAAAAAUAUGACAGGAAGGAGAAUGCUGAGGAGAUUUGAUAGGAAAAAUCCAGACAAUCUUAGUAAGGCUCAAAAUGUUGACAAAAAUAAUAAAGAGCCUGUAGUAGAAAAUAAUAAGGACAUACAAGAAACCUCUAUUAAGAUUGAAAAUCUUGAUACAAAUGAGGAAGAGGCUAUAGUAGAGAAUGAAAACAAUGAUAAUACACAAAUUGAAACCUCUAAUGAAGUAACUGGAGAUAAUCUUGACCAAACAAUUGAAGAGUCAAAACCAUUGGAAUCUGCACAGAAAGAAGAUUCAGCACAACUGGCAACCCCUAAACCUCAACAAUACUUUGUUAAGGUACUUGGUCAACCUUCUCUCCCUAACAGAGCUGAUGCAUAUAAAUUUUUCACAUCACUCAAUGCGGUGACAAUUAAGAAGCAUAAAGUGAUUCAAAAUCUACUAGUUGUUGGAUUUAAUAAUGAACAAGACUAUGAAAGGGCGGUUGCUGCCAGCGAUACUGUUGUUGGGAAUUGCAAACUUAUUAUCAAGACAAACGACAAGCAAGCUCUCAGCACUACAACAACUCCCAUUAAGGAAAAAACAGAAGAUGAGAAACCCGAAGUUAUGCUGAGCCCAGAUCUUGAAAAUCAAAUAACUGAUCUUCUUACUACAAUUAAAAAAGAACAAAACGAUAUUCCUGAAAAUAAACAACCCUCUGAUACUGAACAAGCUGAUAGUAAAAACAUUGAUGCAGUAGUGAAAGAGGAAGAUUCAACUGAAAUAAAAAGUGACACAGUUGAAGAAACUAGAUAUUCUCCCACCAAGGAGCUUGCUGAUGCUAAAAACUUAGAUACAAUACAAGAAGUUGAUGAAAGUAACACUGAAUCAGAAACAAAUGUUGCCAAUGUGAUAAAUGUCACUGGUAAAGAUACACCAAUGAAAAGACGACAAAGUGUUGCCACACCAAGAACGAUCCGCACCAGGAGAUCAAGUAAACUGGAUCAACUAAACAAUUGAAUUAGAAUGAUUGGUUUUUGAAUAAUUAAUUUUUUAAUUCCAUUAAAUUAGUUGCUUUAUAUUUUACUUGCUUGUGUUAGGUAUAGAGCGGGAAAUUACAAAUGUAUUAUUUUUUCCUUUACAACACUUAUUGACUAUGAAAUUAUACUAUUUUAAAGUACAA